AGAGCAAAAUAAUACAGUACUUACUGAAUUUAUUAACAUCUGUUAAAUUGUGGGAUAACUUAACUAAAACAGGAUGAACCGCUACGUGAUGCUUCAACAGCUGGGUGACGGCACGUACGGGUCCGUGUCGUUGGCACAGCGGCGGGACACAGGGGAGAAGGUCGCCAUCAAGAGGAUGAAGCGCAAGUACUACUCGUGGGACGAGGCCAUGAACCUCCGUGAAGUGAAAUCCCUCAAGAAACUGAACCACGCAAACAUAGUGAAGCUGCGCGAGGUGAUCCGCGAGAACGAUACGCUUUACUUCGUGUUCGAGUUCAUGCGCGGCAACCUGUACCAGCUUAUCCGAGACGCCGAGCGGCCCUUCCCCGAGCCCGUGCUGCGCAACAUCCUGUACCAGGUGCUGCAGGGCCUCGCGCACAUGCACCGCCACGGCUUCUUCCACCGCGACCUCAAGCCUGAGAACCUGCUGUGCAGCGGCCCCGAGCUGGUGAAGAUCGCGGACCUAGGGCUGGCGCGGGAGGUGCGUUCGCGCCCGCCUUAUACGGACUACGUGUCCACGCGCUGGUACCGCGCCCCCGAGGUGCUGCUGCACGACACCCGCUACGGCGCGCCCAUAGACCUGUGGGCGCUGGGCUGCAUUAUGGCGGAGCUGUACACGUGCCGGCCCCUGUUCCCGGGCAGCUCGGAGAUCGACCAGCUGCAUCGCAUCGCGGCGGUGCUGGGCACGCCGGCGCGCGACGCGUGGCCUGAGGGCUACGCGCUGGCGGAUGCGCUGCGGUUCCGGUUCCCGGCGAGCGCGGGCGUGCCGCUGGAGCGCGUGCUGCCGGCCGCCGCUCCGGCUGCGCUGGCGCUGCUCGCCGCGCUGCUGCGGUACCCGCCUCGCGACCGACCUACCGCGCCACAGGCCCUCAGGUUUCCAUAUUUCGCGGUGGGGACAGCUCUCGUCGUUCCCCGGCCCCGGCCAGCGUCUCGUGCUAGAAGGAGUGCCCUUCGCUUGGAGGUGGAGAACGCUCCGCCCGCGGCCGCCGCCCGGCCGGGACUGCAGCCCCCGCCCCUCGCGCCCGCCACACACAGGGACCGUUUUGCAGACAUACUCGGAGGCGAGGUGGUGCACUCGGCGCGUCGCGGGCGCGCGGGCGGCGGGGAGGUGGGGCGCUGCAUGCUGGCGCCGCUGCAGGCCGGGACGGCGGGCGGCGGAGAGGUGGGGCGCCGCGUGCUGGCGCCGCUGCAGGCCGGGGCGGCGGCGGCGUACCUGGGCGCCGCGCGAUACGUCGCCGGCGGUCGCAUCGACACCACGCUGUUCCGCCCGCUGCCGCUUCGCCCGCACCGAGAAGCCACUGCAGUGGGCAGUGGUAUUCCUCGUGUGGACUGGGCUGCGAAGUACCUGCGUUAAGUACUGUACGGCUGUGGUCUAUUUAUUUUUCCUCAUAAGUUUGUACUUCACUCAUCCCCAUCUUUAGUUAUUUUAUAUACACUAGCUAUUUGACC